CCGGGCACGUACAUUCAGUUAGCUAUUCUGAGCAACUGUUAGGAUGAAGAGGUAGAAGGUUACGCAAAGGCCAGCUUUUCCCUUCGAUCGCGACAGUGACGAAUCGAAAGUCUCCCAGUCAGUGCCAACGUGCGCGUACUGUCGGUAGACGUCUCGGCGGCGAGCGUUCUUGAUUUGUACUCCUGCGUUGCCUCUAGUAAGUUGCAGCUACCCAAGCCAGGUAGCUGAGAGAAGCAGAGAGCGAUCGAGUGGAAUCCCAAACACAGUGACUUGACUUACGUUCCAUGAUCUAUCGAGGGGCCGUGUCGAUUGUGAAACGACCCUCGCGUGCCAGUGCUUCUCCAAGCGAGUCAAUCGCCACUGUCCCAUCCGUCACGACUCGGAAACCUCACCCCAUCAUGUCAGAUUCCGUCUUGCCUUCCACGGCUCUCGUAGCUUUCUUUGCUUCCUGUUACGUCCUUUCGGGGGUCUGUCAACCUCUACUCAUGACCGUCUGUAAGGAAGCCGGACUCGCCGAUCCCACUGCACAACUUUACAUGGUCUUUUACUACGCCGGACCGGCAUCGCUGGGGUUCUGCUCGUCGUCAUCCGCAUCGUCGACUUCGCAUUCCUCCCCUCCUUCAGCCCGUUCCUCCUUCCGCAAACAGCUACAGGCAUCCGGGAUUGCCCUUUUUGACAUUGGGGCGCAGGCCAUGAACUACACCGGUGCUACUUUGGCUGGACCCACCCUCUUUGCCAUUAUAUACAGUUCCGUCACGGUAUGGACCGCCGUCUUUUCCCGUCUACUCUUUGCUCGUCGAAUCCGACCAAUCCAGUGGAUCUCCGUGUGGACGGUCUUCUUUGGUCUCACCAUCACAGCAUGGGGCGGCAUCCAAACGGGAAACGAUGUCGCCCAUGGUACUCUGCUCAUUCUUGUCGGUUCCAUUAUGCACGCCGCCACCUACGUACUAUCCGAAGCCGUCAUGGACGGACCGGAUGGACUGACCAUUUCCCAAAAUACCGCCGUCCAAGGCGCCGUCGCUUUCCUCGCUCUCGGCGCUUGGCAAAUACUCUACACCGCACCGCACUGGCACGCCUUGCUCCAACAACCCCUCCACGAGGCCGGUACUUCCGCCCUCCGCGCCACACUCAUACUCUUCGCUUUUGCGCUGGCCAAUCUUGUACACUCUUGGACCUUUUAUCACACCAUCAAGCACGCCGCUGGAGGUGCCACUACCGCGGGUGUCCUCAAGGGACUACAGGCUGUCCUGGUUAUGGUCGCCGCCCAUAUCCUGUAUUGUGGCUCCUACGGAGGCCACGAAAUGUGCUUUACCCGGGCCAAAUUUCUGUCGCUUUUCCUCGUCGUCGGUGGGGUCCUGCUUUUCGGAGCGGCCACCCCUACGCGCUCCAACAACAACCUCGUGUCGACCACGCGGACGGCCUGGAAACGACCCCAAGGUUACGAGGCGGUCGACAAUCAGGAAGAAGCGGAAGAAAUGACGGUAGUAUGACGCGAAGACACUCGAGCCAGCAGACUCUCACAGAAACAAAUACUCCCGACAACACCGACUACAACGAAGCGU